AUUUGUUGUAAUAAGAACAAAAAUACUUAGAUAAGAGAACUUAAAAUCAUGUUAUUUGAAACUUUUUUUAACAUAUAUUAUAAUAUUAAAAAAAAUAUUUUAAAAUUUUUGUUUAAAUCUCAAUUGGUGAAGAUAGUUUCGGAACCAAAAGAAUGACCAGCUUUUGCAAAUUAUUUGGAAGAUUUACAACUCCUGAAAGCAACUUUCCUCCGAUCAGAGAUUCUCUAUGUUUCAAGAACGUACAAUACCAAGGCGGACAGUCUAGUACGUAGUGCAAGGAAGCAACCGUCUUUCGUCGUUCACAUGGAUGCAAAUCUUUCAACAUGGUUUACAGAGUCUAUAUGAGUCUGUAUAAGUUGAUGACAAAAAAAAAUACCCUCUGUUAACACAUUAAAUACUCUCUUUCUAAUUAAUACAUUAAAAUAAUAAAUAUUUAUUUAAAAUUUUACAUUGUAAAUAUAAAAAAAAAAUUCUUUAUAAAGCAAAAAUAAAAUCUUAAAACGCUAUUCAGGGAUAUUAGUAGAGAGUAUUACUGCCGUAGCUUAACUUGUAAGUAUUGAAAUAGAAGGGAACAAGUUACCUUGUUAAACUAGAUUAAAUAGCUACCUUUUCGUGAUAAGAAGAGAUAAACAAUUGUCUCAUUGUCCAAAAUUAAGUUGAUUAACUACAAUAACCAGUAAAAUCUUUUGGAGAAGUGAGAAUGGAACUGAAUGGUAAUAUUCGGUCUUGAUUAGGUGGUUUUAUCAUUGUCAAUAUCGUAGAAAUUGUAGAAAAGAAAAGUAUAAGAAUGUUCAUGUUUCUCUUUUUCUUUUGUUCAUCUCUCCAAGUUAAAAUUUUGGGGGAAAACAUACAAAUCCUACCUUUACAAGCACGAAGUCGAAACUAUUAUACGUUAAAGUCAUGAUGAUAUAUAAGAUUAUUUCUUCGUGGUCUAGAAUAUAAUAUGCAGACAAUAAUGAUGUGCCUAGAAGAAUUUUAAUGUUCGGAAGUUGAUACAAUAUAAUCAUCGUCAGGGUGUCAAAAGUAAGCCCUCUCCUUAGCCUCUGCAGUAAACAAAGGGUAAAAGCGACAUAUCGGGACCACAUAUACGAAGAUACAAGACGCAUUGAUGCAAAAAGACUAAUUCUAAAUCUCAAGCCGGCAAGACUUUUUAUGAGCCGGGUCAUUGAUUGAUUUGGAACAAUAAGUCAACAAGAAUGACUUGACCGAAUCGGUUUAUUAUUUUAAUGGAUACACACGAUGCAAAAUCUCUUUAUAUAAUCUCUAGAAGAUUCUAAUAUACGAGUCCUUAAAGCCAAACGAGAAAACAGUAGACCAAAGGCAUGGAGGAGAUGAUGGGAUCGUGGGACAAAAGAAGGGAAGAACAAGAAGAAGAGGAGGAACAAGUGUUAAAGCUCCCAGGGUUUAGGUUUCAUCCGACCGAUGAGGAGCUUGUAGGGUUUUAUCUCUCUCAAAAAGUACUACUCAAGAAAUCCAGCAAGAUUGAUGAGAUCAUCAAUCAAAUCGAUAUCUAUAAAUUCGAUCCAUGGGAUCUUCCUCGCUCGAGGCAUACGGAGAAAGAGAGCUACUUCUUCUGCAAGAGAGGAAGGAAGUACAGAAACAGCAUAAGACCAAACCGAGUGACUGGUUCCGGUUUCUGGAAAGCCACGGGAAUAGACAAACCUAUCUACCUCGAUGGAUCCAGCAAAGCCGUGAUCGGUCUAAAGAAGACACUCGUUUAUUACAUCGGAAGCGCCGGGAAAGGAAGCAAGACAGAUUGGAUGAUGCACGAGUUUCGACUCCCCACGGCCAAUGACACUAUCCCUGGUGGUUCCACUUCCACCCACCGUAGCCCUACUCCGUCUUCCUUGCUACAUGCUGAAGUGUGGACAUUGUGCCGGAUAUUCAAGAGGAAUGCGUCUAGUAGAAAAUACACUCCGGACUCGAAAGAAUUAGCAAGUUGGGAACGCGUGAAGCCACAACAAUCUAAUAAUCGCGAAGCAGCUUAUAUCAGUUUUGGUGACAAUGAGAGUAGUACCAACAAGAUCAACGUCAUGGAAAGCAAAGAGAAUAAUGAGAGGAACGUUUUCCAGCUUCACCAAACGCCUCAUCCACACCAGCCCAUUCCCAUGGAGUACACUAGUAGCACACAAGUGGAUAACACAGUUUCACAUAUCUCAAACGAUAAUAACAUGGACGAUGUAAACUACGAGAACUGGGACGAGCUUCGCUCGGUUGUGGAGUUUGCUUUUGGCCCUUCCUCUUAUUAGUUAGAUGUCCUUUUACUAAUUGAUUACUAUACAUUAUAUAGUACUUGGACCUUGUUGCAAGGGAAAUACUCUGACAAUUAUAUAUAUACAUGUGUAAUGUACCUGAUAAUAUAUAUCCAUAUACUAUUAUUAUUA